AUGAGCUCUUACUUUGUAAACUCGUUCUCAGGGCGCUAUCCAAAUGGCUCCGACUAUCAGUUACUAAAUUAUGGGACUAACGGCGCUGUGAGCGGCUCCUUCAGAGACCCUGGCACCAUGCACUCCGGGUCUUUCGGCUACAACUACAAUGGCAUGGACCUAACCGUGAACCGCACCACCACCGGCGGCCACUUCGGGGCCGUGAGAGAGGAUGCCCGGGGAUUCGCGCCGGACGCCCGGUACAGACAGACGCCCAACUGCUCGCUCGCGUCUCCAGAGCCGGUGCCGCCGUCGUGCGCCACGGCCAGCCGGGAGCCGCUGGAACUAAAAAGCCCCUCUCCUCCCUCUGACCGGAGCGCGACCUCGGGCGGCAACAGCCUCAACAAAAGCAACAACGCUCAUUUCACGGAGAUAGAGGACGCCACCGUCGCCUCCGAGACCGAGGAAGGCGCACACAGCAGCGGCGGCUCCAGCACGGCACCUCGGGCGCAGCAGCAGCAGCAGCAGCAGCAGCAGCAGCAGCACCAGGAACCCAACGCCACCUCCUCCACUCCCACAUCAAAUGAUUGCCAAACGCCACAAAUAUUCCCCUGGAUGCGGAAACUGCACAUAAGCCAUGAUAUGACUGGACCUGAUGGGAAAAGGGCCCGAACUGCGUACACCCGCUACCAGACGCUAGAGCUGGAGAAAGAGUUUCACUUCAAUAGGUACCUAACCAGACGGCGGAGGAUAGAGAUAGCCCACGCCCUGUGUCUUUCCGAAAGACAGAUCAAAAUCUGGUUUCAGAACCGCAGGAUGAAGUGGAAGAAGGACAAUAAACUGAAAAGCAUGAGUCUUGUAACAGGAGGCAGCGCCUUCCACAACUGA